CAUUAUAUUACCAUUGCUCCGCGUUUAGACUACCACCAUAUAAAUAUAGCUGACCUACUUAGAUAAAUUGUUUGUUUACGUUUUGAUGAUAGAGAUCGCAGCUGACAGUUCGUCAUAUAAAGUCUUCAUAUACAGUCUUAUUUGAUGCAAUAUUGAGAGAGCAAAUUUCCCGAAAUGGGUGCCUCGCAACCGUCGACGCCUGAGCCCCGAAAGUUCAAGCUGGGCACACAGGAAGUGACUUUUCCUAGCGAUUACCUCCAGCCUCUACAGGACAGCAACCACUUGAUUGGGGACAGAGACGCCAUCUGGAGAGAAAUAAAAGAGAAAGGCUAUGUGUUCAUCCGGGGCCUUCACGACCGCGAAGAGGUGCUCGCCGGCAGAUUGCACGUGCUCCAGUACAUCCUAUCGCAGGGAGAGGGCAAGCUUGAUUUGCAGAAAAACUGGGAGCGGGGUGUGCUCGAUUUACGAUGCGGGGGAGGCUGCCUUCCGUUUAUGGAGGGCAAGAAUGACGUCACACAUUCAGAGCCAAUCAUCAAGGUUCUUGAAGGCCCUCGUCCUUUCAAAUUCUUUGAAGACCUUUUCGGAGAGAAACCUCGGACAUUUGAUUAUAAAUGGCUAAGGGCGGUCCACAGACAAGCCUUCACGGGCGCGCACGUGGAUAACGUAUACAUGGCGCGUGGCACCAAGAAUCUGCUCACUAUGUGGACACCUUUUGGUGACGUUGACCCGGAAAUAGGCUGUCUGGCCGUCUGUGAAGGCUCUAACCGACUUCCGGGGUUCGAAAAGUUUCACCAAACCUAUUCCGAAAUCGACGUGGAAGCAAUUAAUCUCAAUGGGUCUGGUUGGUUCACCACGGACCCUUUCGAGAUUACGCAGUUCGGAGGUCAGUGGAAAACCGCGGAGUUCAAGGCGGGAGAUGCACUAAUCUUCGGAAUGAACACUGUCCACAUGUCUACAGCAAACUUGACGGACCUGGUUAGAAUAAGUUGUGAUACACGAUGGCAGCCUGCCAAUGAGCCGGCGGAUCCAAGAUACGUGGGGGACUUCCAGAAGCCCGCGCAACAGUUUGGUCUCUAUGCCGACGCCGAAAAGAUGAAGCCUUCGGCUGUAACCAUGGAGGAGUUGAAGGCACGCUGGGGGUUUCAGUAACCAUGGAAAUGGAUCUUUAUGAGCAUAAAUGUGAAGAUAGAGAGAUUUGGUGCUAAUGUUAAUGUUUUUAUAAAUAUGUCAGACUAUUUGAGUUACGCAAUAUUAUGCAUUUUUAAUUUUAUAUGCGGUUUGGAUAUUCUAUUCUUAUCAUUCUGUUAGGUAAGGUUAACUAUGUCUGGUUUUGUUUGCUUUCACAUUCCUGAGCAUUCGGAAUGUACAUGUAAUCAGGUAAGAAUAAAGCUUGUCCAUAUAUCAAAUUCUUACAGAGAGGAGUUUUAAGUGUUGAUUUUGAACUAGUCACUGCUGCUUUCAGCGUAUAACAAUCAUUUAAUCAGGAUCAUUAUGAACAAAGCAGCCUUCAUGCAGGCAUAAAACGCCACUCUGUUGAUAAGGAAUUUAUAUGAAGAUCCAAAGUGUGUUAUUUAAUAAAUCACUCUUCUGCAAUUUGAUUUUUAUCAAUGUAAUUGCUAUUUUUGUUAAUGUACAUAAACUAUUUAAAUGAACUAUCA